GCAGCGGCGGCCCGUCUGGAGCUGCGGCGGGCGAGCCUGCGCGGCUAGCAGAGCCGCGGGGCCGGGAACAGGUGAUCGCAGCAGGAGACCCGCGCCCUCCCGAGUUGCGGCGCCGGAGCCAAGGCUUCCUGGCUCAGCGGCAGGCCCAGGGCUGACAGAGGCCAGCUGCAGGCUUCACACGCGCUUCCCGGGUAUCCCUCUCCCCCGCGCGAGCAUCUGAAGCCCCUGGGUCCCGCGCAGCCUCGGGAGCGGCAGCCGCGCGCGGCGGAGCAAAGUUGUGGAUGUGUCCCGACCGCCGGGCCCUGCGCCGUCACCACCGGCUGGGCUCGCGCUCUAGGAGCGGCGCUCACCCUGCAGCCCCGGGGGUUCCCUUUGCAAACUGCUCCAGAGGCUGAAACUUCGGGUGCCUGCGGGUCGGGGCCUGCGUCCUGCGCACCCUCCGCGAGGGCGUCGCGGACGGCAUGUGACCACUCCGGCGCGGGAAGGCGCGGGAGGGAGCGGGCUCCGUGGAUCAGGCGGAGGGAAGGUUGCGGCGCACGGCGGGCCCGGGCUCCAGCCGAGCAGCCCCCCUCGCCCGGGCCCCGCCGAGGCCGCCGCGCCCCCGCCCCCGCGCGGGAGGAUUCGCUCCAAACUCCCUGAACUUCGGGCGGGUCCCGAAGCGGCGGCCUCGAGGUGCGCAGCCUUGCUCGGGGACCCCAGCCACUUCACUCUUGCUCCCCACCCUUGAGGACUCCCGGGGCCCCGGGCGGAGCUGACAGCCCCGUGCUGCUGGCCGCGCCGCGAUGCUGGUGAGGAAAGUGCCGGGUUUCGUCCCGGCCUCGCCGUGGGGGCUGCGGCUGCCGCAGAAGUUCCUUUUCCUGCUUUUCCUCUCGGGCCUCGUCACCCUGUGCUUUGGCGCCCUGUUCCUGCUGCCCCAUUCCUCUCGCCUCAAGCGCCUCUUCUCGGCCUCGCGGACCCAACAGCCCGGCCUGGAGGUGAUGGCCGAAAUCGCCGGUCACCACUCGGUGUCAGAGCAGGAGCCGCCUCCCAACCCUGCCCCUGCGGCUCCGGCCCCGGGUGAGGACGAUCCCAGCCGCCUGGUCGGUGUCCUCCGUAGGAAAGGGUGGCUGCGGCGAACCCGCCCCACCGGGCCCCGGGAGGAAGGCAACAGGGUUGCAGCCCUCAGGCCGCAGGAAGAGAGCGUCCGGUUCACUUUCGACUACAAUGGUUUCCGCAGCCGCCUUCGACACCCGGUUUUGGGGACAAGGACUGAUGAGAGUAAGGAGUCCCAGAGUCUGGUGCGAGCUCAGCGAGAGAAAAUCAAAGAGAUGAUGCGGUUUUCCUGGCAGAAUUACCGCCGUUAUGCGAUGGGCAAGAAUGAGCUCCGGCCACUCACAAAGGACGGCUUCGAGGGCAGCAUGUUUGGCGGUCUCAGUGGGGCUACCAUCAUCGAUUCUCUUGACACCCUCUACCUCAUGGAGCUGAAAGAGGAGUUCCAAGAGGCCAAGGCCUGGGUGCAAGACAGCUUCCACCUGAACGUGAGUGGGGAAGCAUCUUUGUUUGAAGUGAACAUCCGGUAUAUCGGAGGACUGCUCUCGGCCUUCUACCUGACUGGAGAUGAGGUGUUCCGAGUGAAGGCCAUCAAGCUGGGUGAGAAACUGCUGCCUGCCUUCAACACACCCACGGGCAUCCCCAAGGGCGUGGUCAACUUCAAAAGCGGUAGCUGGGGCUGGGCCACGGCAGGCAGCAGCAGCAUCCUGGCAGAGUUUGGGUCCCUGCACUUGGAGUUCCUGCAUCUCACUGAACUCUCUGGCAAUCCAGUCUUUGCAGAAAAGGUCAGACAUAUCCGCAAGGUCCUCAGGGAGAUUGACAAACCCUUCGGUCUCUACCCCAACUUCCUCAGCCCCACGAGUGGAAACUGGGUGCAGCAUCAUGUCUCAGUCGGAGGACUUGGGGACAGUUUUUAUGAAUAUUUGAUCAAGUCCUGGUUGAUGUCAGCCAAAACAGAUAUGGAGGCUAAAAAUAUGUACUACGAAGCCUUGGAGGCCAUAGAGACCUAUCUCGUGAAUGUCUCUCCCGGGGGCCUGACCUACAUUGCUGAGUGGCGUGGAGGAAUUCUGGACCACAAGAUGGGACACCUUGCCUGCUUCUCAGGAGGCAUGAUCGCCCUUGGUGCAGAUGAUGCCAAGGAAGAUAAAAGAGCCUACUACCGAGAGCUUGCAGCCCAGAUCACCAGGACGUGCCAUGAGUCCUAUGCCCGCUCAGACACCAAGCUGGGGCCUGAGGCCUUCUGGUUCAACUCUGGCCGAGAGGCGGUGGCCACGCAGCUGAGCGAGAGCUACUACAUCCUGCGACCCGAGGUGGUAGAGAGCUACAUGUACCUAUGGCGGCAGACACAUGACCCCAUCUACAGGGAAUGGGGCUGGGAGGUGGUCAUGGCCCUGGAGAAACACUGUCGGACGGAAGCCGGCUUCUCGGGGAUCCAGGACGUGUACAGCAGUAACCCCAACCACGACAACAGGCAACAGAGCUUCUUCCUGGCUGAGACGCUGAAAUACCUCUAUCUUCUGUUCUCUGAAGAUAACGUGCUGUCGCUGGAAGACUGGGUGUUCAACACCGAGGCUCAUCCGCUGCCCGUCAACCGCUCGGACAGCUCUAGCAUAGCUAGCCACCCUCACUGACCACUGUCGCCACGCCUGUGUCUCAGGGACGCCUCUACUUUCUUGGGAUCCGGGACCGUUCUCAGAGGCACUGGGGACGGAAGGCCCGCUGUGGGCAGACCCUGGACGGAUGUGUUGGACAGGCGACUUCUUUUCCUCUGUGAGGAGACAGGAGCUGGUGAUAUACCAGCGUGGGCCCCCGGGCUAUGGUCCCUGGUGCCUACAUGUUCCUUUCUAUGGGGGAAUUUCUGUGUCCCCACACUUGCUGUCCCUGGGCCAAAGGACUGGAGGUUUGCGUACCCAUCUUGUGUAUUUGAUUCUGUUUCCUUUUUGGUUUUGCUUGACUUUACUUUUUUUUUUCUUUCUCCCCGCUUGAGUUUUAUGACAAUUAUAAUUUUCAGAUUCAUGCACCUUCUAAAGCGGCGCCACCUAACUCAAGGAGACCUUUAGUGUUUGUACACACACACACACACACAAACACACACACACACACACACACACACACUCUUGACCCGUCUGCUUUUAAUGCCUAUCACCCGACAUUGAUUCUGUUCCACUUCUUGCCAUCUGCCCUGUCAUCAGAGGAGACAGUCCCCUUUGCUUUGGUCCCAAAUGUUACAAAUCACUAAUAAUGCUAUUUUCAUUACUGUAAUGGAGAAAUAUGUGAAGUAGAAUAAAGGAGUUUAUUGAAUAAGAAA